AUGCUGUCGCUUUACCCACAGACAUCGCCCCUGUCCCUCCCCCAACAGGAGAGGCCCCAAAUCAGUGAACUCGGGAGCCUUCGUGAAGCUAUAUCAUCCUUCACAAAGUUGACCGCUGAUUCCGGAACAUCUUUUGUGCGCCUAUACUGUACAGUCCCGACCUUCAGUUAUUCAACGGAUACAUGUCUGGAUCUGCAUGAUCUGAACGAGCUUCGUUCACGGUUUCUUCCGUUUGUUCAUGAUUUAUUGCAGUCGCUACGUUCAUCUGGAAUCUCGGCCACAUAUUCACUGGCACCAUCUAAUUCAUCGUUAUGUCUUGUAUCCCAAAAACCUAUCAACACUCCUGCAUUGCUUGACAAGUUGGAUGAAUCCAGUAGAAGGCUAAAACGAGAGCAAGUCGCCCUUGUCGAUCUGGAUGGCGUUUCUUGUUUAAUUAUCACAUAG